AUUGUGUGCGAGGGGGCCGGGGCAAGGAGGGGGCCACGGCGUGCCCCACUCUGUUUUUUACGACACGGCUUUCUGUGUAACAUAAUAAGUAUUUAAAAAUUUUGUGAAAUGUUUCGGUGUUAUUUGUGAAAAAUUGGGAAGUAGGAAAAGUGAAUACGAGAUGCAGGGGCUCGUGAGCGAUAAGACGUUCCACUUGAAGUGGAACAACCACCUGCAGAACCUGAGCCAGCUGUUCACGACCAUCUACUCGUCGUCAGCGCUGGCAGACGUGACGCUCUCCUGCCGCGAUGGGACUCUUAAGGCGCACAAACUCGUCCUUUCAGCGUGUAGCCCUUACUUCGAACAGAUAUUCAAGGACAACCCAUGUCAGCACCCCAUCGUGAUUCUAAAAGGAAUACCCUUCUCGGAGAUAAAUCUCCUGGUUGAGUUCAUGUACAAGGGUUCUGUGGAUGUGCAAGAAUUGGAUCUUCAGUCACUGAUGCACACAGCUUCAGAACUGGAAAUCAGAGGUCUUGCUUAUGAGGCCCGUGAUAAUGCUGCGCAGCUAUUGAAUGUGAAUUUGGAAUAUCCCGCCUAUGGACAAAAUGCUGCUUCCACAGCAACUGCAACUACUUCAGCAACAGUUUCCACAUCACAGACAUACCCUCAAGCUCGCACAGAUGUUGAGAGGUUGAAACAGAUACACAUGUACCAACAGUCAAUGAUGCGAGCUGAGGAGGUUCGACGACGGCGUCGUGAAGACAUGCCCACAACCCAGACAGCCGUGAACAACAUACUAGCGGCGGCUGCGAGGGAGAUGGAGGAGGCGAGACACGCAGCGCGAACAGGAGAACGUGUCGUUGCCAGUAUACAAACUGAGCAAGAAGCGGCUGCAGCGUCAGAAAUGAAAAAUGAAUUAGAGAACGACAGACCGAAGAAACGCGUCUCCAUUAUGUCCCCAGAAGACGAGAAGUUACGAGCCAAGAAGAAAGCUAUGACAGUUCGCUUCCAAGAAGACAAUAAGACUGAUGAACGCCCUGCCAAAAUUUUAUCACCAGGUGCAACCUCAAAUAACGGCAGCAAUGAAUCCAAGAUUGACGACUUAAAGGCCGGUGGCAUCAAGGUGGUCCAGCUGGCGGUUCUGCAAAAACCUACCAACAAUGAACACGACGAUUCAGACGAAAAAGGCAAACAAGGAAUGGACGACGAUGAAGAAACGGAUUCGAGCGGUUCACUAUCAGACACAGCGGCCAAUGAGUCGCAGGACGGACGGCCACAUGUAUGCGACAUCUGCGAUGUUAGGUUCGCCCGCUCGUCGCACCUGACGCGCCACCGCCUCACGCACACGGGCGAGCGGCCCUUCACGUGCGGCGGCUGCGGCCGCUCCUUCGCGCGCUCCGACAAGCUGCGCGUGCACACCAAGAUCUGCGAGCGGGUGCAAUCAAAACAAAUAAAACUUCUCCAGGAGGACCCGACGGUGGACAUGGCCAACGAGGUGAAGCGCGAGAACAACUCGGAGGUGAUGUCGGGGAUGGUCCGCACCACGCACCGCGAGUCGGGCCACCUCGUGUUCACGGCCAGCGGGGACGUCAUGCUGCCGCCGCGCGGGCAGGUCGUGCUCAACUCCACGCUGGAGCCCGUGCGCAACGAGCUGCUGGCCAACGACCUGCUGGAGCCGCCGCGCCGCGGGCGGGGCCGGCCGCGCAAGACGCCGCUGCCGCUCACGCCCAAGGUCAAGAAACGCCGCGGCCGCCCGCCCAAGACCUCGCUCGACAUGGAGGGCUGCGUGCUGACGAGCGGCGCGGUGGCCGGUGGGGCGCUCACGGGGCACCAGCUGCUGCUCAAACGGAAACGCGGACGGCCGCCGAAGAACUACUUCCUGCCGCGAUCUGGUAUAGAUAUGUCAUUACCGAUCCAGUACGGGCUAGCCGCAGAAAUGAGCAAGAUUUACGGGCGACCCAACGAAAACUACAACGCGACGAACCUGCCGUUCGGCGACUUCUCCUACCUGACCGAGAUGAUGUACAACCCGCUGGCGUACUCGUACGGCGUGACGAGCGUGGACCCCGACCGCAACGUGGACGCGGACCAGGGCGGCGCCGGCGACGCGGCCGAGCGCACCAUCGACGUGUCGUCGUCCUCCUCCGACGACGAGGACUCGUCGCGCGUGGAGCCCGACGACGUGCCGCCCGUGGCCGUGGAGACGCAGAUCAUGACGGUGGGCGACUGCCAGAUCGUCAAGCUGCCGCCCAGCUGCGACGACAAGGACGACAAGCCGGAGCCGGCGCCGGCCGACCCGGGGGCGCCGCCGGCCGCGCCCAGCUCCGUCACCAUCACGCCCAUCACCACGGUGGGCGACUGCACCAUCCGCCCCGUCGAGAACACAUAAUGUGAGAACCUUAGGGUCUACCCCGUCCUCUUGAUACCCUUCAAGUGGAAAUAGAUUGAGAAAUGUGCGAAGUGAACGGACUCUUGUGUUUUGAUUUUGGACUUCGGCCCUUGAUAUGUUUUUGUACAACAUUCCAUACUUUAGUUAUUGAGUGAUCGAAUAAUUGAAAUUAUUAUUUAUUAACCUACUCGAUAAAUGUUACACUGAGUUGUAAUGAGUAAAAGUAAUCGUUUUUAACCAUAACGCAUAGUAAUUAUUUAAAAAAAAAAAACUUAAAUCAGUUCGUUCACCAAA